AUGAAAAAAUUUAUAAACUUUUUUAGUUCCAAUGAAUUUCUAAAAAUAAUUAUAUCUACAAUUUAUUUACCAACUCCAGUAAAUAUUAAUUAUAUAUGAAAUUUUGGAUCAAUUCUUGGAAUUUUUUUAAUAAUUCAAAUCAUUUCUGGAUUUAUUUUAUCAAUACAUUAUUGUCCAAAUAUUGAUAUUGCUUUCUGAUCAAUUACUAAUAUUAUAAAAGAUAUAAAUUCAGGAUGAUUAUUUCGUUUAAUUCACAUAAAUGGAGCAUCAUUUUAUUUUUUAAUAAUAUAUAUUCAUAUUAGUCGAAAUUUAUUUUAUUGUUCAUAUAAAUUAAAUAAUGUAUGAGGAAUUGGAAUUAUAAUUCUUUUAAUAUCAAUAGCAGCUGCAUUUAUAGGAUAUGUACUACCAUGAGGACAAAUAUCAUAUUGAGGUGCAACAGUUAUUACUAAUCUUUUAUCAGCAAUUCCUUAUAUUGGUGAUACAAUUGUAUUAUGAAUUUGAGGUGGAUUUUCAAUUAAUAAUGCUACAUUAAAUCGAUUUUUUUCUUUACAUUUUAUUUUACCAUUAUUAAUUUUAUUUAUAGUUAUUCUUCAUUUAUUUGCCUUACAUUUAACUGGAUCAUCUAAUCCUCUUGGAUCAAAUUUUAAUAAUUAUAAAAUUUCAUUUCAUCCAUAUUUUUCAAUUAAAGAUCUUUUAGGAUUUUAUAUCAUCUUAUUUAUCUUUAUAUUCAUUAAUUUUCAAUUUCCAUAUCAUUUAGGAGAUCCAGACAAUUUCAAAAUUGCAAAUCCAAUAAAUACUCCAACUCAUAUUAAACCUGAAUGAUAUUUCCUAUUUGCAUAUUCAAUUUUACGAGCAAUUCCUAAUAAAUUAGGAGGUGUAAUCGGAUUAGUAAUAUCAAUUCUUAUUCUUUAUAUUAUAAUUUUUUAUAAUAAUAAAAUAAUAAACAAUAAAUUUAAUAUAUUAAAUAAAAUUUAUUAUUGAAUAUUUAUUAAUAACUUCAUUUUAUUAACAUGAUUAGGUAAACAAUUAAUUGAAUAUCCAUUUACUAAUAUUAAUAUAUUAUUUACAACAACAUAUUUUUUAUAUUUUUUCUUAAAUUUCUAUUUAAGAAAAUUAUGAGAUAAUUUAAUUUGAAAUUCACCAUUAAAUUAA